AUGAAAUCAUGUUUAGAACAAUCACCCAAUUGGAAAAUGAACAAAGCUGUUUUGCAAAAAUUUUUAAAUCUCGAACAACCGAGCGAUAAAAGUAUAAUAUCGUAUAUAUGGAUCGAUGGAACUGGAGAACAUUUGAGAAUGAAAGACAAAGUCGUACACAGCGUACCGAAAAAAGCAGAAGAUUUAUCGACUUGGAGUUACGACGGAAGUUCGACAUUCCAAGCCGACGGUCACAAUUCUGAUACUUACAUGGUUCCGAGAGCUUUGUACAAGGAUCCUUUUCGACCGGGACCACAUUUUCUAGUUUUGUGCGAUACUUACAAACACGAUAAAACUCCAACGGCAACAAAUAACAGAGCGAAAGCUUUGGAUGCGUUGACAAAAGCUGAAAAAUAUAAAUGCUGGUUCGGAAUCGAACAAGAAUACACUUUGUUAGACAUGGACGGUUAUCCUUUUGGAUGGCCUAAAAACGGUUAUCCUGGCCCACAGGGUCCGUAUUACUGCGGUGUGGGUGCCAAUCGAGUUUACGGACGAGAUAUCGUUGAAGCACAUUACAUAGCUUGCCUGUACGCUGGAAUUCCGAUCGCUGGAACGAAUGCCGAAGUCAUGCCGGCUCAAUGGGAAUUUCAAUGCGAACCGACUCCGGGUAUAAAAGCCGCAGAUGAUUUAUGGGUCGCCAGAUAUCUUUUGCAUCGCGUCGCCGAAGAAUUUGGAGUUGUCGUAACACUAGAUCCCAAACCCAUGCAAGGACAAUGGAACGGAGCUGGAGCACACACGAAUUUUUCAACGGAACCCAUGAGACAAGACGGAGGAAUGAAACACAUCGAAGAAGCCAUUGAAAAACUAUCGAAAAGACACAAGGAACACAUAGCCGCCUACGAUCCAUCCGGUGGAAAAGACAACGAAAGAAGACUGACUGGAAAAUUGGAAACGUCAUCAAUUCACGACUUUUCUUCAUCUGUUGCUCAUCGAGGAUGCAGCAUUCGUAUUCCAAGAGGUGUAGCUGAUGCGGGAAAAGGAUGGUUGGAAGAUAGAAGACCAUCAUCUAACAUGGAUCCUUACUCGGUGUGCGACAUCUUGGUCAGGACUAUCUGUUUGGAUGAAAAAUAA